UUCUCUUGCUGCCGCCGUGAUUCUGAGGCUUCCUCGGCCAUGGGGAACUAUGACUGUGAUGAUCCUCUUGUGUCUGCCUUGCCUCAGGCAUCCUUCAGCAGUUCUUCCGAGCUCUCCAGCAGUCAUGGUCCUGGAUUUGCAAGGCUGAAUAGAAGAGAUGGAGCUGGUGGCUGGUCUCCACUUGUGUCUAACAAAUACCAGUGGUUGCAGAUUGACCUUGGAGAGAGAAUGGAGGUCACCGCUGUGGCCACUCAAGGGGGAUAUGGUAGCUCCAACUGGGUGACCAGCUACCUCCUGAUGUUCAGUGAUAGUGGCUGGAACUGGAAACAAUAUCGCCAAGAGGACAGCAUCUGGGGUUUUUCAGGAAAUGCAAAUGCAGACAGUGUUGUGUACUAUAGACUCCAGCCUUCUAUCAAAGCCCGAUUUCUGCGCUUCCUCCCUUUAGAAUGGAACCCCAAGGGCAGAAUUGGGAUGCGAAUCGAAGUGUUUGGAUGUGCAUACAGAUCAGAAGUGGUUGAUCUUGAUGGAAAAAGUUCCCUUCUCUACAGAUUUGAUCAAAAAUCCCUGAGCCCAAUAAAAGAUAUUAUUUCUUUGAAAUUCAAAACCUUGCAGAGUGAUGGGAUUCUACUCCACAGGGAAGGGCCAAACGGAGAUCACAUCACACUGCAAUUAAGAAGAGGAAGACUCUUUUUACUUAUUAAUUCAGGUGAAGCUAAACUGCCUUCCACUUCCACCCUGGUCAAUCUCACCCUGGGCAGCCUGCUAGAUGAUCAGCAUUGGCAUUCAGUGCUCAUCCAGCGUUUGGGCAAACAAGUCAACUUUACAGUGGACGAACACAGGCAUCAUUUCCACGCACAGGGAGAAUUCAAUUUCGUGAAUCUUGAUUAUGAGGGAAAUGUGUCAUUUUCUUGUUCACAACCACAAUCUAUGCCCGUGACUUUUCUGAGCUCCAGGAGUUAUUUAGCCCUGCCAGACUUCUCUGGAGAGGAAGAGGUUUCUGCCACUUUUCAAUUUCGAACUUGGAAUAAGGCAGGGCUUCUGCUAUUCAGUGAACUUCAGCUGGUUUCAGGGGGUAUCCUCCUCUUUCUGAGUGAUGGAAAACUUAAGUUGAAUCUCUACCAGCCAGGAAAAUUACCCAGUGACAUCACAGCAGGUGUCGGAUUAAAUGAUGGGCAGUGGCAUUCUGUCUCUUUAUCUGCUAAAAAGAAUCACUUGAGUGUGGCAGUGGAUGGCCAGUUGGCUUCUGCUGCUCCUCCGCUGGGGCCUGAGCAGAUUUAUUCAGAUGGCACCUAUUACUUUGGAGGUUGUCCUGACAAAAGCUUUGGAUCCAAAUGUAAAAGUCCACUUGGUGGAUUUCAGGGAUGUAUGAGGCUCAUUUCUAUCGGUGGCAGAGUGGUAGAUCUGAUUUCAGUUCAGCAGGGGUCCCUUGGGAACUUCAGUGACCUUCAGAUAGACUCGUGUGGCAUCUCAGACAGGUGUUCCCCCAACUACUGUGAACACGGUGGGGAGUGUUCCCAGUCCUGGAGCGCCUUUCAUUGUAACUGUACCAACACUGGUUACAGAGGAGCUACUUGCCAUAACUCUAUCUAUGAGCAGUCAUGUGAAGCCUAUAAGCACAGAGGAAAUACUUCAGGGUUUUACUAUAUAGAUUCAGAUGGAAGUGGUCCCCUGGAACCAUUUCUUCUAUAUUGCAAUAUGACUGAAACUACAUGGACCAUCAUACAGCACAACGGCUCUGAGUUAACAAGAGUCAGAAAUACUAAUCCAGAGAACCCAUAUGCUGGGUUUUUCGAGUAUGUGGCCAGCAUGGAGCAACUUCAGGUCACUAUUAACCGUGCGGAGCACUGUGAACAGGAGUUUACUUACUACUGCAAGAAGUCACGGCUGGUCAAUAAGCAAGAUGGAACCCCUCUGAGUUGGUGGGUAGGAAGAACCAAUGAAACGCAAACCUACUGGGGAGGUUCUUCACCUGAUCUUCAAAAAUGUACUUGUGGAUUAGAGGGAAACUGCAUUGAUUCUCAGUAUUACUGCAAUUGUGAUGCUGACCGGAAUGAAUGGACCAAUGACACUGGAUUGCUUUCUUAUAAAGAACAUCUUCCAGUAACUAAGAUCGUGAUUACAGACACAGGCCGACUGCAUUCAGAAGCAGCUUAUAAACUGGGGCCUCUACUCUGCAGGGGAGACAGAUCAUUUUGGAAUUCAGCUUCCUUUGACACUGAGGCUUCAUAUCUUCAUUUUCCUACUUUCCACGGAGAACUUAGCGCAGAUGUGUCUUUCUUUUUUAAGACAACAGCUUCAUCUGGGGUAUUUUUAGAGAACUUGGGGAUUACUGAUUUUAUACGGAUAGAGCUUCGCUCUCCGACAGUGGUGACUUUUUCAUUUGAUGUGGGGAAUGGGCCUUUUGAAAUCUCAGUGCAGUCACCCAACCACUUCAACGACAACCAGUGGCACCACGUGAGGAUUGAAAGGAACAUGAAGGAGGCCACACUUCAGGUGGACCAGCUGACACCGAAGACACAGCCCGCCCCUGCUGAUGGGCAUGUCCUCUUACAGCUCAACAGUCAGCUCUUUGUGGGUGGAACGGCCACCAGACAGAGAGGCUUUCUGGGCUGCAUUCGGUCUCUGCAGUUGAAUGGGAUGACCCUGGAUUUGGAAGAAAGAGCCCAGGUGACUCCAGAAGUGCAGCCAGGUUGUAGGGGACAUUGCAGCAGCUAUGGGAAGUUAUGCCGCAAUGGAGGGAAAUGCAGAGAAAGACCCAUUGGGUUCUUUUGUGACUGCACUUUCUCUGCAUACACAGGGCCAUUCUGCUCAAAUGAGAUUUCUGCAUAUUUUGGAUCUGGCUCAUCCGUGAUAUACAAUUUUCAAGAAAAUUAUCUUUUAAGUAAAAACUCCAGCUCCCACGCUGCUUCAUUUCAUGGUGAUAUGAAGCUGAGCAGAGAAAUGAUCAAAUUUAGUUUCCGAACAACACGAACACCAAGCUUGCUGCUUUUUGUGAGCUCCUUUUACAAAGAAUACCUUUCUGUUAUCAUUGCCAAAAAUGGAAGUUUGCAGAUCAGGUACAAGCUAAAUAGAUAUCAAGAUCCUGAUGUUGUUAACUUCGAUUUUAAAAACAUGGCUGACGGACAACUUCACCACAUAGUGAUUAACAGAGAAGAAGGAGUGGUCUUUAUAGAGAUUGACAAUAAUACAAGGAGACAAGUUCACCUGUCAUCAGGCACAGAAUUCAGUGCAGUCAAAUCUCUGGUAUUGGGCAGGAUUUUAGAACACAGUGAUGUGGACCAGGAGACGGCACUGGCAGGUGCACAGGGCUUCACAGGCUGCCUCUCUGCAGUGCAGCUCAGCCAUGUGGCCCCUCUGAAGGCAGCUCUGCAUCCCAGCCACCCAGACCCUGUCACUGUUACAGGACACGUGACCGAGUCCAGCUGUGUGGCCCAGCCUGGCACUGAUGCCACAUCAAGGGAAAGGACACACUCGUUUGCAGAUCAUUCUGGAACAAUAGAUGACAAAGAGCCCCUUGCUAAUGCAAUCAAAAGUGACUCUGCCGUAAUUGGAGGUCUGAUAGCUGUUGUGAUUUUUAUCUUGCUUUGCAUCACUGCCAUAGCUGUUCGCAUUUAUCAGCAGAAAAGGUUAUAUAAAAGAAGUGAGGCAAAAAGGUCAGAGAAUGUAGAGAGUGCUGAGGCUGUUCUGAAAAGUGAGCUUAAUAUACAAAAUGCAGUCAAUGAAAAUCAGAAAGAGUACUUCUUCUGAUUGGCAGCUAUGAUUUAACAUAAAAUUAUGACAGUUUGUUUUAAUAGCCAGGGGCUCUCAGUGGACAGAGGAAUGCUCUUACACUGAAUGUACAGGCAAUGGGUUUGCAGCACUGCCAUCUUGCCAUGUCCAGUCUUGGGGUGGCUCCACAAAGCCUCGUCCAGUGAUAUAUUUCUCAUAGCAUUCAUUCUAUGGAACAAGAAAUUAGAUAUUACUGUUAAUUUACAACUGUUCUGGUAUGAUCUAAAACAAGUUUAACCUGCUUAAUGGCUCCAGUUUUUACGUGUGAAAACUGUAGCCUUGGUCUCUUAACCAUGUAAUACAUAAGUUUUGUUAGAGGUAAAAAUUAAAUUUGGACUAUAAUGACCUUGCUUUAUUUGAGAACAUUUGCUGUGUUUGCUUUUGUCUUCCCAUGGUGUUCGUCAUAGACCUGGAAAUGCUUCUCAGAUCCUGUUUGGCCGGUGUUUGCAUCUUCAGUGGCCACAAGCAUAAUAAAGCCCCUUUGCCUUUCUCUGUAUUAUAUUCAAUACAAUACAUCAAUAGUCUUGAAAAAUGUUUUGUUGUCGUUGCUUUGUUUGUAUUGCUCAUUAUUCUAUUUGUCUCUUCUUAAUAUUGUUGAAUACAUUUGGUUUUGAGUGUCAGACUUCAACUCUGAACAUACAAGUUGUAUUUAACAAGACUCAAAGUGCAGUGGUUGUUGGUAUGUAAUGUCUUUCCUUUUAAAAAAAGUUUUCCAAUGAAUUUGCUACCAUUGUUUGAUGGCGACAGUACUUAAGACCCUGAGUAAUGCCAGUUUCCCAAAGAAUGUAAAAUGUUUUCAACUAAACUGUUGAUAUAUUUAAAAAAGUUCUUAACACAGCAAAAAAUUAUUUUUUAAUUUACAACUGUAAUACCUCAAAUGAAAUAUACUUAUGAGAGUAUUUUCCCCAAACCUAUGUCAGUUCUUUAUUGGUUUACAUUUCUGUUUUUCUGAAGUUUAUCACAAACUUUGCCUUGAUCUUCAAUGAUUAUACUUCACGAAUCAUCUUAUAUAUUAUCAAAAAAGAGACAAAUUGAAGUAUAGAGCUCCAUUUCCCAUUCGGAAAUAUAUACCCCUUCAGGUGUACAUUUUGCUGUGCAUAGACUUCCAGUGCAUACUUUUUGAAAUAUGAGCUGCAACCAUCAGUGAUCUACACAAUCAGUAAUUAAAGAGUGCACACUCUAAGGGGAGAUAGCAUAUUAAAUGAUCUACACUGAAUUUGUCAUUCCAGACACUUAUCAUCUGAAACGAUGGGGUGAAUUUCUCAAAAAUUACCAAGAAUCCAACUUGCUGAAUGGUACAUUCUGAUUAGGGUGUAUUAUACACUAGGAGAUCAAAGAAUGAUCAAUAACCUUAUGGAACUGUUAAAAUAAUUAAUUCUGAGACCAUGCAUACAAGGAACUAUCUUUGAAUUCCAUAAGGCAAUCAUACAAUAAAGGCACUCUUUUAUCCAUAUUCACACCUUCAAGUGCCUCCCAAGUAAAUAUUGGAUUUCUUAGUUUGUCUAUACCAGAAGAAUCUGGAAAUAUGUAAAUUUAGCAUAACUAUCAUCUUAUUUUCUAUAUUUUCCUUGUUAAGUCUUCUUAUAAAACCUGCCUCUCUUUUCUCACAGCAUUAUAUCCAUAUCGAUGUUUCUGCAAAUGUCUAACUAAAUCUUAGGAACCUGAAUUAACAUAGUAGCUUACGAAGGACCAAGGACCUAUGUUGGUAAAUGGCAUACUCUUUGUUUGAUUGGAAGACCUAUGGUGACAAGGGAAGGAUUUAACAUAGAAAUGGCAUUAUUUGAUGCAAAGCUGAAUGCAGAUGUCAUUAUAGCUCUGAAUCUUUGGCAAAUGUUCAUGUUAUUUAGUAGCAGUAUUAACCUCAUUGGUAGCUGGACUCUAGAGAGGUUUAUUGGUGAAGCCUCAUAGUCCUCUGUGGUCUGCACUGCUAGAGACUCAACAUUAUAGCAUCAAAAUGCAUUGACACAUCCUAUGCCAUGACCUUGAUUUCCUGAUUUGUAAUCUCUUAUUUUAUUAUUAAUAAAAUGCAUUUUUGAACUAAAA